AUGGAGUGUAAAGUGGUAAAAUGUGCAUCAUAUUGUCAUGGGCCAUCACCUAAGACGGUAUCUUCACUAAUAUUAGUAAUAAUUGCAGAAGUGGCAAGAGACCCCCCUUCGACAGCUAUUAAGUUCAUUUUCCACAGUUUCGGAGUGGAAUCUUUGGGUUUUUUCUGA